AUGGCCAACACAACACAACCAUGGCUCGAGGACCUGUCCGAGGAGUGGAUUCCCCAGACCAGCAGCCCAGGCACACCCGUACGCGCACCAGAGUCGCCUGCACACCCGACGCAAAACACGCCACAGACCUCGCAGAGCGUUCCGCCAAAAUCCAAAAGUCGACUUCCCCGCAUGCGGCAAUCCUCAGGCUCCUUCUCAGAGAUCCAGGUACGCAGCAUCGCGAAGGAAUUGCGCCCGCCAAAACAACGCAGCGCCCUGGCUGAGCGCAGCCCCAGCGACGCCAACAUCGCGCCCUCAUCACCCAAUGCGGCUCACGCUGGGCCGUCCCAUAUUGCGUCAUACACUCCCUCAUCGCUGUCUCAAAGCUCGAUCAUGUACAAUGGCACAGUGGCGCACAACACAGUCGCCAGGUCUCCCACCAAAGACCAGGCACCACACGAUACUCCAGAGUGGCGGCGGCGACUCGUCAAGGGCGAGAUAGGAUAUGGCGAUCAAAAGGACCUCUUUGGUCCGACGGGCCUGGAGAACAUUUUCCAGAAGCCCAAUGGCACCACGUCCGAAGAUUCCCAGUCACCAAAGCGCAAGCUUGCACUAUUGAAGGGCUUGGCGGCAAUGCCCUCAAGCCCACCACCAUGGCCCGCCGCGGCGCAAGAGCAGAGCCAGGUGCAGCAGGAUGCCCAAAAAGAGAGGUCACAGAGCAACGAUGACGAAGCUUUGCGGAGUGAUUCACCACACGACUCUUUCCAGGAGCAGCACGACCAAGACUCUUUGCAGAUACCGCAGGCCAGCACACAAGAGGCAUCGCGGACCGUCAGCGGGCAGAUCGAAUUCGAAAACGAGAACUUCAGCCCGGUCUUCCUUACCUCUAAUCUGACUGUUGGCCAAGUUCGGGAUCCAGUCCAUAGCUUUAGAGGAUCUGAACUCGCCAACCGGCUACGGCAGAUUGGAACGCCACCUCCCAUAAUAUGUGAGCCCGUUGUAGAUGACAGCACUCACAGCCAGGAUCAAACCGACUCCUCCUUCAUUAGGACCCAAGACUUCUCACUUCCAGAGGGAUUGCCUGCAGGGACCCCUGAUGUUCCUGAUGUUGGACGCUAUGUGGAACUUCGAAGAGGUGGUUAUUCUAGGGACGGCUCUUUUCGCACAAGGCCACUCAGUCCCUCGCCAGAAAGACCUGCAACAUCGGAAACAUCGAAACAGAAACUGCAAAUCAGCACACUCACAACAGACAAUGAGCAUCUUUCCUCCCCAGACCCCGAGCACACCCCCAAAACUCCCAGCAGGAAGCCAAACCCGUACCUCAGUCCGGAACGAGCUCAAAAUUCGGGGAGUCCUCUGAAAUUAUUCGAUGCGCACGACACUUUCACUAGUAAUCGCCUUCAGCGACGUUUGAGUCAACUUGAGUACAAGUCAGACAAGACAGCCUCCAGUACCAUGAGAGAAAGUACAGCGGACAUAGCAAAGGUCAUGCCUCCACCUUCGAAGCUAACUUCGGUUGAGGAGAUGAGCUUUCUUACCAAUGGGCAAACUCCUGUCAAAAAUGAUCGGCACAUUCCACCGCGGCGGGUGAGUGCCUUUGGUGACGGGCAGCUGAACGAGUUCGAGUUCUCAGGUGACUUUUCCGCCGAUGAUUCGGAGGCCUUUAACGUGCUCGAUGACAGUGCGCCGGACGGAUCGCCUUCGAUAGAUGUUGCCCCGCCUGGCAGUCGCCCGCCUUUCAAGUUCCAUUUAGACGAUUCACCUGUUUCACGGAAGACUUCGCGGGCAAUGCGACAAUUGUCCAGUCAACGGAGGCUCCCUUCGGGGAACGUUAAUAGACCCAAAUUCCAGCAACAUCGUGAAGCACCCACCGCGCAUACCGAGGAGGAGACGAGUGUGAACGAGUAUGCAGAGGGAAAGAGGGGUCCAACAUCACCUUUCAAGAACCCCACGCCUAAGCGUCGAAGAACGAUAAAUGCUAUCGAUGAUGAGCAAGAACAGGACGAAGAUAUUUUCAGCGAUGCUGGUCUUGGGACAGUCCAGCGAUCAGAUGCGGCUGUGCAAUCAGUCCUUGACCAGAAGCGAGAGAAACCGCGACACGACACCUCAAACCAUGUGGCGGGUCCGGAGAUACUGGCAAAAAGACACAUUCUGAGACCUCGAAAUCCCACACCCAGCCAACGCAGACGAGAGGAACUUCAUGCCGAGAUCAUGGAGGCAACAGAAGCUUUCAUCUUGUCAUCGCCGAAACUCAACACGAUCCGCGAGCAACUAGAGCCAUCUAUCAUCAAUGAUGCUCAAGAUGAACAGGAUCGCGCCAAAGCCGUGGCUAGCGAGAUUGCCGCUUUUAGCAUGAAGAGGCAACGUGCUUUACGUAGCGAGAAUCGCAAGCGAUCAGUCACUACCCAAGACUUCCUAGAUGAGGCUGUCAAGAUCAUGGACUUUAUCCGAACAAAAGGACGGCCGACUAGCGGCUUGGGAAGUCUGGAGGAGACCGAAGCUGAACUGAAUUUCAUCGAAGAAUCGACUGAGCAAAAUUCAAGUAUGCUCACAUUCGACAGACCUCCCAGCAGGGAAGGCCGUUCAUCUGCCUGGAAAGGACCAAAUCUUCAUCAAUUGGACCCAAACGUGAUGGAUCAUCUACAAAAGUACCAGGAAAAAGACAACGAUACUUUUUUGAAUUCUUCGGUUAACUCUAUUCGCUUCUCCCGAAUGAGGGGCCCCGCAACGCCUGAAGGUGAGAGCGUCAUCAUUGAGCAAAAUGAUAUUAGGAUCACGGAUGAUCCUAACAGACAUUGGCGCAAUGUGGAGGCUAUGGCAGAUGGUCUAAGCUCUCAAACUCGAGCGAUGCGUACGUUACAAUCUCAAGGAUCCUCACUUGGCCAUACUAUAGCUACAAAUGCUUCGCGUCGAUCAGAUCACGUUGCUACCUUGCCGCCUGAAGCCGUUGCGCAUCUUAUCCCGCAAAAGGUUGCCGGAAUGAGUUUCGAUCGGGAAAAGAAUAUGUGGGUCCGUCAGAGAAAUCUAUCCAAAAAACAACGUCACGAAGAAGAGGAAGAACACAGUCACUGGAAUGAAAGUGAAGACGAUCCGUUCGGACAUAUCCCUGAUCUGACAGUCGAUGAGACGAAAGAGCAAAAAGCAAACGAUGGCUCACCGGUUCGUCUACAGACUACUGUGGAGACCAUUAUAGAAGAUACUGCCUCCGACGCUACCGUCGUAAAAGAACCGGUCAAGACUGAGCCUGCAGAAGUACGCCCUGUCACCCGUGAAGGCAAAGGAAUCAAUUUCAACGACACAAGCUCAGCCCAAUCGAAAGCCUCUAAUUUUGGCUGGAGUUUCCCCAAAACAGACACACGGAAUACAUCUUGGAGUACUCAAGCACCCAAAAAUCAUAGUACGCAGAAGAUGCAGCACGUACAGACAACUUACGCAAUUCCGGAGUCAGAUGAGGGUGACAUCGAGCACGAGAUUCAAUAUUAUGAAGGCCGUGAACAUGUUCGUCCUGGCCUGCAGCACACUCGCGUGCGAGACAUCACAGUUUCCUUUGCAGAGCGUGAAGGCAAGGGUCGUCAACGCACAGCUACUGCGCCGACCAUAGGUCAGAAGCAAGGAGAAAGACAACAGUCGGCUUGGAAGAACAUGAACAGUGCAAGGUCUUUGCCACGUCUUCAUGCUAACCGCAUACCUGUCUUCAAAGGUGACGGUGACCUAUCACUGCUCGACAAGAAACAGUCAAAAAAUUAUCGGAUGCAAUUAUCCAUGAGCGUCUCAGGACAUGUCCAAAGGACUGCUGAUCAAAGCUUGAUAGCUGCCCCAUCAUCGCCGAUAAAGGGUGAUGUUACCUUCAUGUUGAGUGACCUUCCUGAAUUCACGCUCAACCAAGUCGAUGAGUUCGAAUUGCCAGAUCGUGUCGUUGUGAAACAUGAUGGCACCAAAUUCUCGAAGGCUCUGGAGGACCGCUAUGCCCAGGGCACCGCAGAACUCGUCAAGGCGCUACAGGAUGUCGAGCCAGAAGAACCCUAUUGGGAGGACCUUCGAAGAGUCAAUCUUCACAAGAAAGACCUUACUACGCUGAAUCGCCUGGAUGAGAUGUGUUACCAACUUGAGGAGCUUGACGUGUCAGACAACAAGAUCAAUCAGGUUGAAGGUAUACCCUAUACUAUGCGACGGCUGCACGUCCAAAACAAUCAUUUAACAGGACUCACUUCUUGGACAAGUCUGGUCAAUCUUCAAAAUUUGGACAUAUCUGGUAAUCAGAUCGAUCGCUUGGAUGGUCUUGCAGAACUGGUGCAUCUACGAGUGUUGAAAGCAGAUAACAACAAGAUCAAAUCGUUGACUGGUAUACUACACCUCGAUGGUUUGAUGGAACUCAGCGUGGGCAACAACGAGAUUAAGAUGGUUGACUUUGCACGCACCGAUCUUAAAUCUCUGACCGAUCUCGACCUUCAACGAAAUCAGUUGAUUGAAGUACGCAACGUGCAUUGGCUACCGCAGCUCCAACAUCUCAAUCUCAAUGACAAUGACAUCGAAGAAUUCCCCAUUGUCGACACACCUGUCAAGCCUUGCAGGUUGCUCCGAUCACUUCGCCUUUGUAGAAAUGGUACAACAAUGCUAGAGGUCGAUCGACAUUUCCCCAAGCUAGAAGCAUUGUAUGUUGAUGGCAAUUGCUUGACUCAAGUAUCAGGGCUAGAACAUCUCCGUAAUCUCCGCACCUUUUCUGCCAGGGAGCAGAACUUGGCCAACGACACCGACACCGACUGGUGUGUGAGCAACCUCCUGAGAAACCCAGAGGUUAGGAACCUAUAUCUCUCGCUAAACCCUACACAUAGUCUCGGGAUUUCACAACACUUGUUAAGUCUCCAACGAUUAGAGCUCGCCUCGAUGGGGCUAAAGGAGCUCCCAGAUAAUUUCGGACAGCUGACUCCAAACAUCCGAACACUGAACUUGAACUUCAACUCCAUCAAAGAUUUGAGACCACUUCUAAAUAUCAAGAGACUCAGCGAGUUGCUGCUUGCCGGAAACAAGCUCGAACGUCUCCGUGCAAAUGCCUUGGUUCUAGGAAAAUUAGAAACAUUAUCGAAACUCGACUGGCGAGACAAUCCUCUCUCGCUUCGCUUCUACGCCCCUACAUCUGAAAACCGCGUCAUGUCUCUACGACGGAAGCCUUCGAACGACCAGCUUACAGAUCGCUUCGUCUUGCCUGCUGGCGAUGCCGAAGUCGAUGAACAACAUCUUCUGCGCUUAGACUAUGAGACGCGAAUUCGCCGUCGUGUAACAGAGAUGAUGCUAGCCAAUCUCUGCAGAAAUCUGCGAGAGUUGGAUGGCAUGAAAUUUGACAAGACUAGGGUCCUUGUCAAAGACGACGUUUGGGAACGGUUGCUGCUACUAGGCGUUAUACAACGGAAAAGGCCGGAUACACCGUGCGAUAAGGUGGCUGAUGAGACUACAAUUGGAGGGUGA